AUGCCUUUUGGUAAACAGUUCAUCCGUCUUGAAACUGGCCCUGUUUCCUUCUUCAGUAGCCCGCAUACAAACCCUGAUGAAGGCAUAACUCUGGCCCUUAAAACAAUGGGCUGGACCUGCCAGGUUCAUCGCGGCGGUGAUGUCAGCGCGGCUCUUUCCUCGCUGCGUACAGCUGUCUCCCAGGGCCCUGUACUGGCUGGCCCUUUAAAUAUGGGAUACCUCACGUAUAAUCCCGAGUACAAGAACCUAGGCGGAGCCGAUCACUUCGUUAUAGUAUUGAAGGUAGACGACAACGACGACGACGACGCUAGGAUACUUCUGCAUGACCCGGCUGGUUACCCAGCCGUACUUCUGCCUCUGGCAGAAUUCCUUAAGGCAUGGCGUGGAGAAGGUGUCGAAUACGCUGACCAACCUUUUGUCUUUCGCUCCGGCUUCCAACGAGUUGAUCAUGUUUCCCGGACAGAUAUGAUUACCCGGACCCUUGGGGUCGUUCAAGAGCAGUUUUCGAGUGAGGUCGAACAUCCAGAUAACUUUGGUGGUGUUACGGCGCUGCAGCUAACUGCUGAAGCUGUGGCAGCCGCGGUGCCCAGUGUUGUAAAUGACCUGGCUGCAUUCACCCUCCCCCUUGCGGCGAGGCGCUACCUGGAUGCGAGGGACUUUUUGACUGAGGCUGGUUUGUGUCAGGCUGCUGAGAUCAUGGAGCAGCAGGCUUUGUUAGCUGGUAAGGCACAGUAUCUGGCUGUGCAUAAGAAUUGGAAGGAUAUUAUUGCAAUUCUUGAAGAGUUAGCAAAACUGGAAGACAGGCUAAUUACCAUAGUCAGGGCUUUAUAG